AUGAAACGAAACAAAAAACCCGAUAAAUCGGAUUUGUACAGUAUCUGGAGCAAUGAUAAGAUGGCUGGUGAUGCAAGGUUGCGUGUCGCUCAGGGUCCACCGGUUCCCUGCUUUUGCAUUUCCCAUCCAGGGCUCGAGUUUCUGCGCUUAGGCGCUGCAAUUGUUAAUUUCAUAUUUGCGACGUGCAACAAAAGAAUUAGUCGGAUCGAGUGCAGCUAUGCUACAUAA